AUGGAGCAGCUGAGUGUGCUGCGAUCAACGGCACAGAGGUUGACUGUCACUCCUGUGGAAGAUCUUCCUCGCAUCGCCGGCUUCCUGGCGGCUUCCCUGUCAGGUUGCUCAAGACUGGGCAUUGAAGCCGAGUCUACAAAAGGCGUGGAUUUCUCUGGACCGCUUCACAAGCUCCGAACUCGACUGUCGAGUUUGCUACAGGAUAGAACCGCGGCAGGCAGAUCGACAGCUGCAGUGCUCAUCAAAUCCUACGUCGAGACUGUCCGUCCAGUCGAGUCUGCACACUGGGAGUCAUGGGCACGUGGCCUAAUUGCUUGCCUGAACAAAGCCGAUCCGUGGGAAUGCAAACGGCUAUACAUCAACACCAUCACGCGAAUCUUCCUGCUAUGUCGAGGUUCCGUCGCCUUCCAGAGAGAUGUCACUUCGCCGCUGCUGCCCGCUUUCAUCAAUGCCGUGCUGAGUUCUCUCAAACCAACAACCAUCAAGCAAGGGGAUCGGGCCGUCAGUGUUGCCAGCCACUUGCUACAUUCAGCUUUGCAAUGUAUCCGUCAUUUACUGCAAGAAUUCAGUUCGACUUUCAGGCCAUUCGUCACCCGACUAAAGCAGAUCUCCUUAGGUGUGCUAGGCGAACACGCGGUUUCCCAACCUCUGCGCAGUGAAGCUACAAGCAUUCUGUGUGCACUGCAUCUGUGCGCGCCGAAGGCCACCGCAGUGAAUGAUUGGGACCAGACAAUUUCAAACAUAGUUGUCGCGUCCCAUGAAUCUUUAGACCUUCUCUUUCGCGCCGUGAUCGAAGAUUGGACUUCAAGCAGCACCACUGUCCACGAGUUGUCUACGAAACAACAAUUUUCAAAACCACCGGAGCUAGCGAAGCUUGACAUUGCUGGACUGGGGCCUUGGAAAGGACUGCAUCAAGGAUUCGAAAGACUUUCUACUCUGCUGCGUUGGCUCAGACAGGCUAUUUCAAGUCGGUCGCAGAUAUCCAAUGUCCCUUUGGGAGCUCUAGUCGAUCUCCUUGGACGCAUUAGUGGGACAAGCGCGCCAUCAGAGACCAAUCGGAUCAAGACCAGUCCUGAGGUUAGCAAAGACGAGCGUGAAGAGGUGUGGGCCCAUCUACCGAAGUUGCACAUCGAGGCUCUGGAGCUCUCAGAAGCCCUCAUCCGUGGCAUUGGAGCAGCUGCUGUCCCCCUUAUGGCGACACUCGGAUCCCAGAUGCUUGAGGUCUUUGAAAGCGAGGCCUGGAAUGAAGCCGUUCGAGCUCAGUGCUAUAAGACGAUGAGCUGUCUUCUCCGUAUCAGUGGAAGCACUGUGGCCUCGUUUCCGCAAUCUGAACUAGUCGCGCUUCUUAAAGUAUGCUGCCGGGACCUCUUGCAGACAGCGGGCUUCUCUCAGAACGGAGGCACAUCUCUCUUGAGGACAGAUCGCAACGGCACUUCCAGUAUCAUCUCCAACACACUGCCGAAGCAGAGCACAGCUACAACCAUCACGUAUCCAACAACGCGGCUGCAUCAUUCUGCAAAAGAAUUAGUCGUCCUUGUGUACGAACAUCUACCUCCUUCUGUGGUGGUACACACCUUGCGAACCGAGCUUGAUCGAACUGUCAUCCUCUGCAACAACCAGGCAGGUAUUCUAGCUUCGGCCAUGCAUCCACCAAGAUAUAACAGUGGUUCCCGGGUGCAGCCCAGCUUGUUGCCAUUCUUAUUGCGAGGCACAGGCGCCACGAGUCCAACUGUGGAAGCUCUACUCAGACCACGUUUGUCAGCAAUGAGCGAGCACAUUGCCGGUAUGCAGACUGGGGAUAUAGCGCCACCCAUCGAUGACACUGCGCACGGGUAUUUGUACUCGUAUGGCAAUACAGACACUGUUAUGACGGAUGAGGACCCUGCUUCGCUCUUGGGUUCACCAGAGCCUUCGCAGGAGGUCACGCAAAACUCAAAAGAUCAGGGCCAGACCGGCGAAAGAGAAGUCACUAUCAAACGAGCCUUUUCAAGCACACUGCAAGCUUCAACGACCAUGGACACGGACCCGCUUUUACUCGAUCAACCAUCCUUGAAGAAACCUCGUAUUGAUGAGGGCACCGAGCUUGAUAAGGAGGAUGAUCAAGGGCAAGGUUUGGCUCCAAAGGAGGUUUCCGACCUCGCUUUAGAUUUGCCCGUGGUGCAAGCCCAGGUUGAGGCCUUUCCAGCUGGCGACUCUGUGGUCAUCCAUGGAUCAGAAGUGCCAAUACCGCCAAAAAUAGCCGGUUCUGACGCAAGCGAUGACGAUUCUGACAUCCCUGAGAUUGACCCUGAGCUCGCUACAGACGACGACGACGACGAAGUAGAAGAAGAAGCCGAGUGA